AUGAAUAUCAUAAUAUGGAAUUGUAGGGGCGUUCCGAAGCCCACAUUUCAGAGUCAUGUUAGGGAGUUGGUGCGUAACCAUGAUCGGGCGAUUUUAGUUCUGAUGGAAACCAAAAUUGGGGGUGAAAGAGCCAGAGAGAUAUCAAGCAGGCUUUCUUUUGAUGGGGCAGCUCAUACAGAUACCAUCGGUUACGCAGGUGGUCUUUGGAUGCUGUGGAAAUCUGACAAGGUGGAGGUUUCUACUUUAGCUAGUACGGAGCAGGAAAUUCAUGUCGUUGUUAAGGUAAUGAACUCUAACUCUAGCUGGUUAUUUACUGCAAUUUAUGCUAGUCUGAGGUCUGCCGAAAGGCACAUAUUUUGGGAUAAUUUAAAUAAAGUUGCGGAACUUCAUAAUAUGCCUUGGGUAGUAGCGGGUGAUUUCAAUGAACCUCUUCUAGAUGAGGACAAAUAUGGUGGUAGGGUAGUCAGUGUAAAUAGGUCUCUAUUAUUCAAAGAAUGUCUAGAUAAUUGUGGCAUGAUUGAUAUCGGUUUUUCUGGUCCUCGUUUUACUUGGACUAAUAAAAGAGAAGUGCAAGCCCUUAUUCAGGAAAGGAUAGACAGGUUUUUUGUCAAUGCAAGUUGGUGUCUUUUAUACCCGGAUGCUAAGGUGGUUCAUCUGACAAGAUGCAAUUCAGAUCAUUGCCCGGUAAUGCUUGAUAUGCUCCCAACGGGGCACAUGGGAGAAAGAGACUUUUUAAGUUUCAAACCUGCUGGCUGA